AUGCUUCUUCGCUGUUUGUUGUGUGUGUCAGCUUUGCUUUUAAGUAUUGCUUCUGUUUGUGGGACGGCUGAGGUUGUUCUUCAUUCCACCGAGUCUUCUCUUGAUGAAUGUACUACCAGUAAUGUUGAUAGAGCUGCUUGUCAUCCUCCUUCUGGUGUUGUUACUUCUGAGAGAGAUCAAUGUGUUCCCACAGAAGAUAAUCUUAAAUGCAAGACUACUACCAAAGACAAAAAAGGGAAGCAUCAGCCUUCUGAUGAACUUGAGACAGAGAAGGUUGCAUUGAAGGAUGAAGAUCGGGCUCAAGGGCUAGGUAGAGAAAACAGAGAUCUUGAAUUGACUAGGCAAUCAUUAGAAGGUGAUCAUAUGGAUUCGAGAGCGAGAGUUUCAAGUGCUGCAGAAGAUCAUACUUUUAAUCAACUAAAUACACAACACAAUGACAGCCAGGUUGGAGGACAACUGUCGCCUACUGCUGCAGAAUUAUCUCACAGACCCAACCUUGACAGUGCUGUUGUACAGGUUCCGGGUUCCAAACCUAAAGGAGCUCAAAAUACGGGGAAGGAUGUAACUAAAGACACUAGUGAAACUCUGAGGACAACAGAACAAAAUGCAAAACUUACUGAAGAGGAAAAUGAAAAACAGGAAAAUAUGGAAAAUAAGGCAGAUCAAUCUACCGAUGUAUCAUCUGAAGAGGCCUCUGAUGAUUUACAAAGACCUAAUGCGCAGGAACAGGCAAAGCCUCCAUUGGUCCCACAAGAAGCCCAGCGGAAUGAUCACAAUUCUCAAGGAAACACUGCUAAUGGUGGAACUAACUCUACCCAAGAAGGUACAGUCCAAGAAUCUUCAUCAUCUCCAGAAACUCCGGAGAAACCCUCACUAGAGGAAAGUGAAGGGACAAAAGCAGCCGAGACCACAAAUGCUAAGAAUGGCAGUACACCUGAAGGAAUUGAAUCAACAGGAAAUACAGGUGACAUGGUAAAUACAGACACCACCACAACAACAACACUUCCUCCUGAACUCACAAACAACAAGAAGGGUGAUGCAGACAGCAGCAGCAGUAUCAGCAGUUCUGUGUGGGUGCGUGUACCACUACUGAUUGUGGUUACACUGGCCUGUAUUCUUGUGUGCUGA